AUGGAUUUGCCAGAGAACUGGGUAGUGCGCCAUUCCCGUACGUAUAAUAAAGAUUAUUAUUACAACACUGUUACAAAAGAAUCACGAUGGGAUGCACCUGUAUUACAAGGGGAUCUGGAAAGAGUACGCGCUAGUCAUUUAUUGAUCAAAAGCAGAGAGUCAAGAAGACCAAGCUCAUGGAGAGAAGAGCGUAUUACAAGAACAAAGGAAGAAGCUUUGCAGAUAUUAACAGAGUUUCAACGUAAAAUUGAAUCAGGAGAAGAAACUCUAUCGGCAUUAGCUACGAAUUUUUCAGACUGUUCCAGUGCCAAACGUGGCGGUGAUUUAGGCUAUUUUGAACGCAACCAAAUGCAAAAACCAUUUGAGGAAGCGGCAUUUUCACUUCAAGUAGGAGAGUUAAGUAAGCCUGUUUGGACUGACAGUGGCGUACAUCUCAUACUGAGAACAGCAUAA